ACAGUUCGGGAAGAAGAGAAAGAAAUAUACAGGCAGCUGAUUCAAAUGGUUACAGGGAAAAAUCUGUCAGCUUCCAAAGCCUCUUCAUUAUUGUCUCUUCACCUGACCAGGUGUGGAGGUUCCAAUAAAAAAACUACAAAAGAAACCAAAAACAAAUGUAUGAAACCUUUUGAUGUUUGUGGCCCCUCUAUGGGCAACCAGUCAUCCAGUCUUCUUAGGAUGCAGGAGCACCAUUCUCACAAACCACUGCCACAACCAGUUUGUAGUUUUACUACCCAUGUUAACUUUGAUCCCAAGACCAGUACACCCAUACAACAAGCAAAUCUACCAGCAUUGGAUAUGCCAACUGAAGGAUGUGAUUCAGUCAUAAUGCUAAAUGGCAAAGACUUCAGAUCUCCAGCUCCAAGUACACCCUUCUUUGAGGCUGAAUUGUGGAUAAAAGAAUUAACCAGUGUAUAUGACUCCCGAGCCCGUGAGAGAUUGCGACAUAUAGAGGAGCAGAAAGCUUUGGCAUUGCAGCUUCAGAAUCAGAGACUGCAGAAAGAGACCCCAGUACCCGAAUCAAUAAACUUACAUCUUCGAGUUCCUCUUGAAAAGGAAAUUCCUGUCACCAUUGUUCCAGAAAAUAAUAAGAGAGUGGAUAGUGAAGAUGAAUUUCCUGAAAUUACAGAGGAAAUGGAGAAAGAAAUAAAAAAUGUAUUACGAAGUGGAAACCAGGAUGAAGUGUUGAGUGAAGCCUUCCGAUUAACCAUCACUCGGAAAGAUAUUCAGACUCUUAAGCAUCUCAACUGGCUCAAUGAUGAGAUUAUUAAUUUCUACAUGAAUAUGCUGAUGGAGAGGAGUAAACAGAAAGGCUUUCCAACCGUUCAUGCAUUUAACACAUUUUUCUUCACCAAGUUAAAAACUGCUGGGUAUUCAGCUGUAAAACGUUGGACUAAAAAAGUAGAUAUAUUUUCUGUGGACAUUCUAUUGGUUCCUAUUCACCUUGGUGUCCAUUGGUGCCUAGCAGUUACUGACUUCAGGAAAAAAAUCAUCACCUACUACGAUUCAAUGGGUGGAUCCAACAGUGAAGCUUGUAAGAUACUCUUGCAAUACUUAAAACAGGAAAGCCUAGAUAAAAAACGCAAGGAAUUUGAUACCAAUGGCUGGAUGCUCCUGUGUAAAAGAAGCCAGGAGAUCCCACAACAAAUGAAUGGCAGUGAUUGUGGGAUGUUUGCCUGCAAAUAUGCUGACUGCAUUACCAAAGACAAACCAAUCAACUUUACUCAACAACACAUGCCUUACUUCCGGAAACGAAUGGUCUGGGAGAUCCUCCAUCGUAAGCUGCUGUGAUUUCAUGCCAAGUAAGACUCUUCAGAGACUGAAAACCCCAGGUUUCCUCUUCUUGGCCACCUCCAAGUGGACUGCAUGGGUUUCUCCACUGACAAGACUCUCCGCAUUACACUUGGUGUUUUUAAAAAGAAAACCACAUCUAUUUCUUGGACCAGUGUGUCCAUGCAGCCUUUUUAAAGCACACACUUUCUUUUGUAUUUUGAAACCCUAUUUUCUACAAGGGACAUUUGAAACUUGGAGAAAUACAGCUUUUUAUCUUCAAGGAGAUUUCUGCUCCUCUUUUUGUAAAAAAAUGACCAGAUUCUGCAAAGGACUUAAGAUGUCCCAGUGAUCAGCUGUAAGGCCUUGGUGCAGGGAAGCACUUGCAAUCUUUUCUUGGAUCUGUCACGAUCUGGAGAAGACUCUGUGCAUAGUACUAAGUAAUUGUGGAUUCUCCACAUUACUUUUGCUGCAGCUAAUUAUCAGAUGUAAAACAUGCAGGGAUGUGUGUCGGGGAAUCUAUUUGGCCUAGAUUUUCCAGAUGUGUUUGCAUGUUUAUGUGUUUUUCUGCUUCUUAUAAUCUGCUGUUAAUAACAUGGGUGUUUUCCACAGCAGUUGUAGCAACUUAGAUUCCCUUUUAUUCUUACACUAUUAAAGAGAAAUGGAAUUCUUAGAGAAUGGAAAGCGAAUAGACACCAGCACAUGAAAAGUGACCACUUGCUCUGUUAUCCACCAUGGCAGGUAACCUUUUUAAUUCUACAGUAAGGCUGCCCAGUAGAAAAUUAACAAUGCUUUAUUUUGACAUUCAGUGUUUAUCUUGUCACAGAAAAUGAGUCAUCGUCUGAUUAUUGAGUGAUUAUGAGGAUUAUGAGUUAUCCUCUGAUAUUCAGGAAUAGCCAUUUAUCCUAAAGCCAGGCAAGGAUUUGUGGGCAGAGGCAUUCUGCACCGAAAGUCCUUAUUCUUCACUGCCCCCUCCCCAAGCCUGCUGUGGUGAGUUUUAACCCAAGAAACAAAAAUCCGACACCUUUGUGGCCUACAUCACAGAUGACUGGGAUUAUUCCCCCCCCCCCUUGAAAGCCAGCAUUUUUUUUCUUAGCCACAUUGUUGCAAUGCGAUCUGGAGCUUAGUUUCACAAAGAACUAAAAUUUUGAAGAGUUGGUGCAUUACAUUCUCAAUAAAAAUAGGAUUUAUAACAAACUAAGCAGCUGUAAUGUCAGUGGAUGUUCACUUGACAGGAUUAAAUAUAUGUUUGUCUUUCAGUUCUUUGUAGAAUUAAGGUACAAUAUAACUUGCUUUAAAACUUUAAUUAUUGGUAAACAGUUUUUAUACUAUAAAUAUAUAUAUAUAUAUUUAUAUGCCUUUCCCAGUGACUGCCAAUGAACAAGUGUAUAUGUAUAUAUAUAUAUAUAUAUACAUACAAAAACUAACAUACAUACAUACAUACAUACAUGAAGUUUGCAGCUUUUUUUCUGUUUUUAAAAAGCUGAAUGGAAAAGUUGCUUUUUUACUCAUAUGCUCCUCCCUCCUGUUUUUAUUGUUAACAGCAAUUAAUGAUGAGUUGAAGAAUGUCCUAAAGAGAGUUUCUCCCUCCCCACCCCCAAUCCUAUUUUUGCAAUGAAUUGCAAGUUCCAUCAGCCCCCUCUGAUCCAGUUAGUGGAAGUUGAGACAAGUAUGUUGUACUUGGGCACUAGAUAAGGGAAAACUGAUACUGAAUCUGUCCAGCUUUUGCAUGAAACCAGUAAGAGAUUCUGCUAGCAUUGGCUUUAUCUCUCAAGAGGCAGGUUUUUCACAGGACCAAUGACACUUGUUUAUAAUUGACAGAAUCAUUGUCUUUUGUCCAAUAUGAGAGAAUACUGCCAUUUCAGGUCAUACUGAAGAUGAUCGUCAAUCCACCACCAACAAUUUAUUGUACAGCCAAUUUUGCAUUUGUUUCAGUGUGGAAUCCAUAUUUAAAUGGAAAUGUUAUAUAGCAGCUGGAUUGGUCUCUGUUUCUGCCAUUAACCAACUGAAGUGGAAUGCAGAAAGAGAGGAUUCAGGCCCAAGAACUUGGAUUUAAGUUCCAUACCUCUUGAUGUAUCUUUAAAAAAAAAUCUAAAGUAAAUAUCCUCUUGUGUUUCUGCCAUCAAACAGGGAACAUUUUAUAUAUUCUAUAUGUGGAAACAAUAGUUUUGUACAAAUUUCCCAUUACCCUUCCCCAAUUUGUGCUCUUCCUAGACAAGUUUGUACCUUUUUUGAUGUCUCUGUGUUUUUUAUACCAGUCUCUGGUCCCCCUUUUUUUAUGUUUUUUCUGCAUAAUCUAAUUUUAUUUUGUAAUGUGUUAUUCUUAAAUAAACUCAGCCAUUUAAAAAUG